AUGAUGGUAAGGGAGGGAGAGAUGAAUUGGCAACAAGGGGAGGUUGAAUCGUUGCAGAGGGAGGAGGAAGAAGCAAUUAGAAACAAUGUUAAUAAUGUUAUGUUUUCGUCGCUCGGAAGGCAGUCAUCGUCGAUAUACUCGCUCACGCUGGAUGAGUUCCAGCAUAGUUUAUGUGAGAGUGGCAAGAAUUUCGGUUCCAUGAAUAUGGAUGAGUUUCUGAGUAGUAUCUGGAAUGCAGAAGAGAAUCAACAACAAGCUGGUUCCAAUAAUAAUAACAACUUGUCUGUGAUUCAGAAGGGGAUUAGUAAACAGGCGAGUCUUCCUCGGCAAAAUUCGUUGUCGAUUCCUGCACCUCUUUGCAGGAAGACUGUAGAACAGGUUUGGUCUGAGAUACACAGAGAACAGCAGCAACAGCAACAACUCCAUCCCAAUAACAAUGUUGCUCAUAAUACCGAGUCUACCCCUCGACAACCGACUUUUGGAGAAAUGACAUUGGAGGAUUUCUUGGUGAAAGCAGGUGUGGUUAGGGAACAGGUUGCAAUGGCGCCUCCUGCAGUUGCAUCUCACCGGCCGCAGCAGCAUUACACUGCUGUGUAUCCGAAUAACACCGCCACAAUGGCUCAGGCUGCUCCUUUCGCUAUUGGCGGAGGCGGUGGGAAUGUGGUUGUACCAACUUACCAAGCGGUGGCUCCGGGAGGUGGGGCGGUUGGAGAGCCUUCGGGUUCGGGGUAUCCUGGGAAUGGUAAAAGGGAUAAUAUAGGUACCGGGUAUCCAGCACCACCUGCCGUUUGCUUUGGAGGGAGGGUGGUGAGCGGAGGAGUAGGCGGUUAUGGAGUGCCAGUGGCACAAACUAUGGGAAUGGGCGGACCAGUUAGUCCGGUUUCGUCCGACGGGAUUGGUAACGAAAACUCGGGUGGUCAAUUUGGACUUGACAUGAGUGGUUUAAGAGGAAGAAAGAGGAUGGGUGAUGGUCCUGUUGAAAGGGUAGUGGAGAGAAGGCAGAGAAGGAUGAUCAAGAAUAGAGAGUCAGCAGCAAGAUCUAGAGCCAGAAAACAGGCAUACACAGUUGAAUUAGAAGCGGAACUGAACCAGUUAAGAGAAGAGAAUUCUCAACUGAAACAAGCACUGGCCGAACUCGAGGCGAGAAGAAGACAGCAGUGUUUAGAGGAAACAAACGUGACGGCUCAAACCAAAGCUCAGAAAGCAAGAGAGAAACUGAGAGGCUUAAGAAGGAACACAAGUUGUCAUCUGUGA